AUGGCGCCGACGGAAUUGUCGCCGAGGUUCCAGCUCGCCCUCCGAAGGACUGUAUUCUACUCAAUCGCCCUUCUGGUUUGGCUCGUCCUCGGCACCGUCCUCUUCCCUAUUCUAACCACUUCCAGUCCGAGAGAGGUUCAUUUAUCGUCAUUUUGGAUCGAGAAUAUCCAAGACAGCUUUUAAAAAGUUCAUGAACUAUUAUUUUCCCUUCCUGCUCUUGACAUUCAUGAACACUUUGAAAUACUAUUUGGGUCUUUUUUUGAAGUUUCAAAGCCAAUAUACAAGGUUGCGUGACUACUCUGUAAUAAAUCUUAGUGCAAAAAACAGAUAGUUGUUAAAUUCUUACAAGUUGUCUUGGAGACAAAUUUCUUGUGCAUUUUAUUUUUUUUAUUCAAGUUUUCAAUUGGAAAAGAGAAAUUGAAAGCUUGUGGGAAGAUUUUUGGAAGGAAGGAACAUUUUCUCAAUUUUCUGAGCCGUUUUUGCCUUCACCUCUGAGCUUUUUUUGAAAAAAAUUGGACUAUGAAAUUUAUUUUGGCUUUAUUCCCUUCACGAAGUACCAAACAAAAAAGAAUAUUGAGGUCGAGAUGAUAAGAGAAUUUCAAAAAAAAAGCGUCUUUAGAGCUUUUUCAAGAACUUCAGCUAAAAAUCGCGGUUUUGAAAUUUCACUCCAUCCUAUUUACUCUCGGAAUUUCCAAGUUUAUCAGAUCAUAUUUUUCAGGAAGACAAUGUCGGAAGCUUAUUCCGGCUUGACGCGAAAAGAUCAGAUCUCUUGAAUGUUCUCUGGGCGGAGACCAUCACAAACUCCGAAGAUGACUGGUCAGAGCUCGCCGAUCAGAAACUUGAGCUUUACGAAAAGGUUGAAUUCAUUCUAUUUCUUUUUUUUGUUACUAGCUCUCGGCUUAUUUUCGCGAGACUCUGAAAAAUAAAUCAAGUUUGAGCUUUCUCAUUUUUCUCGAGGGGUGAAGAAAAACAAGCGGAUGUUCUUUCCAGGCCUUGUUACAACACUACGGGAUUGAUCUCAACCGCGACGAUCGAAAUUUUGCCGCCGGACUUCAGAAAGCUUUUGCUCUUUCUUCCACGAUAGGUAUAUUUUGAAUUCUGAAUUUUUUGCGCACUUAGGAAUCGAAUUUUUGGUUAACAUUUUCAAAACUUUUUGGACGUCCCAUAAAAUUUUUGAUCCGAAUUUUUCGGAGAGCCUUAGGAACUUUUAGCGUAAGGGAGGAGCUGAAAAGAGGAUUUAGAAAUGUUAAUUUUUCAUUUUCGAAUAUCAUAACUCUCUUUUUUCGAUGAAGCGAUGAAAAAACUUUUUCUGAUUUUGUAGCUUUCUAUUUUCGACAAGGGAGUUAAUUUUAUUUUGCGGUUGGGAUUUUUUUUGAAAUUUGGUCAGCACAUUUCUUAACCCACCAGAUUUUAAGCCGGAAAAUCCUGACCUGCACAACUUUUUGGCUUUUCAGAAAUGAGGGCUAAAGUCCGUGAAAAAAGGCCAUUUUGGUACUGAAUCCUCAUAGUUUCAAACGACCUUCCUUGUCAGUUUUCUUUUUUUUCAGGUCCACUAGACGUCGAUGACUUCACCACUACUGGAAAGCUGAUUGCGGUUAUUUACGCCCUCAUUGGUUUUCAAUUUCAAUUAUCUUCUUAUUUCAACAUGUCGAAAUUGUUAAGGUACACCUUUAUUCCUGACAGUAAUCCAUCAAAUUGGUCGGAUGAUAACUUCCUUGUGGCAGGUUUUUUGAAAAUUUUUUUUCGGUUUUCUUGGAAUUUUUUAACUUUAGGGUGUGAAUUUGCUCAUUAGUACGUUCGUCUUCAUUUUCAUUUCCGCGGUCGUUUAUGACAUCAUCGAGGGAGGAAACGAUGACGUGGUAAGUUUUCUUUUUUCUGGCUUUUGGCAGAUUUACGUGCACCCUUUAUGAAAUAUUUUUUUAAUUCAAAAAAACGGAUAAUUCUAAAAAAACAGUUUGUCACUUUUUUUGAUAGCUUCUUUCAGUUUGAUCUCAAUAAAUUAAAAUUCAGCCGUUCCUCGAAGCAAUUUUCUCCAUAUUUCUACAAUUUUCUACAGUCGGAGAAGUUGAUAACGAAUUCCAGUGAGUUAUAUAUUUCAUUUCUUCCAAUUUUCAUUUUCAGCGGAAUCGGCCCUUAUAUCAUUUGUAUUCUCGGCUUAUCAUUGAUGAGCUCCGUUUUUGGAUACAUGCAGCAAAGGAUCGAAAGAUGGAUACAUCCUUUCGAAUACGCCUUCAACAGGUAUAUAUCCUCAAUUUCCUGUUUCUGUAGUUUUUAUAGCGAAUGGAAAGCGAAUGGAUACGGAAUUGGUUGGUUUAGUUGGAAAAGUAUACUAAAGUAGUAGUCCUGCUAACAGUUUUUUGGCUUUUUUAACUUUUCAUUUUUAAUCAAAGUUUUGUUUGACAUCAUCGGUAUGGUUGGAAUAAACAUGAGAUUACCGUUUCCAGAAGCUGCGGGGGCAUUGAAAGAUGGCUGA